AUGACUGGGGUGGUGGUGUGCUGUGGGGCAGUGAACUCCAUCAAGGCUCUUUGGGAGGGCAGGAUAAAGAAGAGCAGGGAUGACCAGCAGAAAGCUCAAGAGCUCAAGAACAAGCCUUCUGUUGGCAGGUGAUGCUUGCAUCAUUCUUGGGAGGAUCGCAUCACGUUGGCUAAGCUCAGAGAGAAGGUGGUGACAGAGGAGGGAAGGGUUAUCCUGCGGAUAGAGAAAGAGGAAUGGAAGGCCCUCCCCCCAGUCCUCAAGCAGUUCCCCCAGCUCCAGGAAUGGCAGCUGCACCGGAUAGGGCUGCAGAAGAUCCCUCGCUUCAUCUCCAGUUUUCAGAAUCUCAUUGUGCUGGACCUGUCCCGAAACGCCAUCACAGAGAUUCCCAAAGAGAUUCGGUCACUGACCAGACUGAGGGAGUUGCUCGUGAGCUACAAUAGGGUGAGCGAAGUUCCUGGGGAGCUGGGCUGCUGUGAAAACCUGGAGAAGCUGGAGCUGGCCUUCAACUGUGACCUGGAUGAACUCCCAACCCAGCUAAGCAACCUCAAGAAACUGUACCAUUUGGAUCUCUCCAUGAACCAGUUCACCACCAUCCCAGAAAGCAUUCUCAGUCUGCCUGCACUGGAGUGGCUCGAUAUGGGAGGGAACAAGAUCCAAAGCUUGCCAGAAGACAUCCACAGAAUGGAGAAGCUGCACACCUUGUGGCUGCAGAGGAACGAGCUGGAGUACCUGCCCGACAACAUCAGCCGCAUGCGUAGCCUGGACACGCUGGUGCUUAGCAGAAACAAACUGCGCGACAUUCCCGCUUUAAUGGAAGGCAUGGAUAAUCUCAGGUUUGUGAAUUUCAGAGACAACCCACUCACAUUAGACGUGUCUCUACCAGACCUGAGAACGUCGGAGGAAGAUGAGGAAGAGGACGACAGAGAGAUGUUUGGCCGAGAAUUCAUGCAUACCUACAUCCAAGAAGCCAGAAAGAGAGAACCCCCAACAAAUUACACUUCAAUAUUAACUGUGACCAUCCCAGCUGUACCGGGGACAGAAGCAGCACUCUGACACAGCUCUCCAUGUUGGCUUUCGUCUAUCUACUGCUUCCUGUUAAGAGUCCUGUCCAUUACGUCUGUCUACCUCUUCCUGUCUUCUGCUUCCUGUCAACUGAGUCCUGCCACUGCCUCCUGUCAACUGCGUCUUGUCCGCCAUGUGGAGUCAAGUAAACUCUUUAAUGCAAUGGA